UAGUUUCUUCGGCGGAGCCUGCGAGCAGUGCCGUCCGCUCCGUGGAGGGAUUAAAAACCCAGCAGCGGGACGAUGUUUCCCAGAAGCCUGAAGCUGUGCGCGAGCCUGUGUUUGUGGAUUACGGCGCUGACGAGCCCGGGAAGUGCGUCCGCGAGGAAGCAGGACGACUCUUUCUUCACUGCCAGCAUUUACCGCGCGAGGUGCGCCUCGCGGUGCCUCAGCCUGCACAUCACGCGCAUCUCUGCGUUCUUCAAGCACUCCCAGAAUAAUGGCUCUUUGGUUUGGUGCCAGAAUCACAAGCAGUGCUCCAAGUGCCUUGAGCCCUGCAAGGAAUCGUGGGACCUGAAGGAGAACCAGUGCCAAGAUUUAUGUGAGCCCCUUUUUCCCAAGAAGCACUACGAGUGUCUGACGAGCUGCGAGUUUUUGAAGUCUGUGGAGGGCGUGAAGCAAGGCGACUGUCCAGCCCCAGAGAAGGCCAGCGGGUUCGCUGCAGCCUGUGUGGAGAGCUGCGAGGAGGAUGGCGAGUGCUCUGCAGUCAAGAAGUGCUGCUCCAACGGCUGUGGCCACACCUGUCAGCUGCCCAAGAACCUCUACAAAGGAGUCCCUCUGAAGCCGAGGAAGGAGCUGGUGUUCCUGGAGCAGCCGUCGGGUCAGCUGGAGAUCCACUGGUCGUCUAAGUUCAACAUCUCGGUGGAGCCCGUCCUCUACGUGGUGCAGCGGCGCUGGAACUACGGCAUCCACCCGAGCGAGGAUGACGCCACAGAGUGGCAGACGGUCGCGCAGACCGCGGAGGAGCGCAUCCAACUGGCCGACAUCAGAGCCAGCAGAUGGUACCAGUUCAGAGUGGCGGCAGUCAACGUGCACGGGACCCGGGGCUUCACGGCGCCCAGCAAGCACUUCCGCUCCUCCAGAGAUCCAGCUGCUCCUCCCAGCGCCGCCAAUCUGCACGUCGCCAACAUGAGCUUGGCGGACGACGGCCUGGUGACGGCGCGUCUGAACUGGACGCUGCCACACGAGCCCGACAUUCCCAUCCACCACUACAAAGUGUUCUGGAGCUGGACCGUGCCCACCAAGUCCAUGGUGCCGUCCAAGAAGAAGCAAAGGAAGACCAUCAACGGGGCCCAGAGCUGGCUGGAUCUGGAGGGCCUGCAGCAGAACGGCAGCUACAGCGUGGAGCUGCAGGCCAUCACGUACUGGGGGCAGGUGCGCCUGAAGAGCCCCAAAGCCUCGCUCCACUUCACCACUAACCAGAAUGAUGAGUCAGCAAAAUCGAUGCUCAAGUCAAAGAAGGACGCCGCAUCCCCCGUCGGUUCCACCCUGGCCAAACGCCCCUCCGGCGCCCUGGAAGUGGGCACGCCCUUCUACCAGGACGGUCAGCUGCAGGUCCGCGUCUACUGGAAGAAGCGAGGAGAUCCAUCGGUGAGCCGGUACCACGUCCAGUGGGUGCCCGAGUACUGCAGCCACAACGAGACCCGAGGACCGGAGAAAUCUGUCACACAGGAAAACUACAUCAACCUCCCAGGUCUGCUGUUCUCCUGCAAGUACAAAGUCACCGUUCAGCUGCUGAAGUCCAAGAGACGCUCCAAGGACGAGAGCACCACCUUCCUCACCCCGUCGUGCGCCACCAUCCGGAGCAAAACCCACAAGCACAUCCCGUGCCCGGGAGAGGGAGCGGUGGGGCACCCCAAAGUUCUGGCCAAACCGGAGAACCUGACGGCCUCCUUCUCCAUCAAAGAAGGGAACAUCACGGGCUCCUUCCUGUGGGGCAUGUCCAGGGUUUCUCCUCACCAGAGGAUCACCGGCUUCCAGGUCACCUGGGCGGAAAUCAACACGGAAAGCCGGCAGAACAGCCUUCCCAACAGCAUCAUCUCCCAGUCCCAGAUCCUGCCUCCAGACCAUAAUCUGCUGGUGGUAUCGAACCUGCGGCCGUCCACCUUCUACAGGCUGGAGGUGCAGGUCAUCACGACUGGAGGAGAAGGUCCCGCCACCGUCAAGACCUUCCAAACGCCAAACAUAUUACCCGUCACUCAACAUCGGCCCAGACUCCGGCAGCAUCACCCCCACCACCAGAAACCGUCAGUGGAAAGACAUUGAAGUUUUCAAGUAACCCCACAUAAACUCUGGCCCCGCCUGCCGGGUGAGGGCCCACACCAUGAACUGACCUCCACCUUCUGCCCUCCAGCUCUCCGGACCAGACAAGUAUAUUCUGUGUCGGCGCAUCACUCAUCCCACCCUCCUAAAGAAAUGAUGUAAUCCCUGGAAAAUCGGUUGCCGUGAGCAACUGAAAGACUUUGGGGAGUGAAGAUGGACGCGAGCGACUUUAUUCAUGAAGAACGAGCAGUAGACGUGCAUCUAUUUAUUUGGUUUCCCAUUAAAGAGGCGCUUAGACACACAGUCUGUACUGAUGAAUAUUGUAACUAAAGUCAUUGAUGUCUAACCCAGAAUAUUCCAUGUAGUGUGUUGCAUGUAUCCCAUUUGAGUUUCCAGCUGUAAAUGAACUUCAAAUUGAAAGCUUGUUUCUGGUUUUGCAUGACAACCGUUCGUAAUCUGUUGGCAUGAGAUGUCCCCGUCACUCUUUUCAGUAUGUUAGCAAUAUUCCAUUAACAGAUUAACAAAGAAUUAUAUUGGAAGUAAUAUGUAAUGUUUAUUCAUGAAAUUAUAACUCGCGUGGAAAUGACGAAUUGUACAUGAAAUAUUUGUUGUGGAUCAGUCAGUGAAUGUCUAUAUUUAUUUAUGUGUGUAUUACUUUGGAUGUGUGUGAAUAUGUAAGUUUUGUGUGUGUUGUAGUCUCAUUUUUAUUUUCUGAUCUUGGCAAAAAAAACAAAAAAAAUGAAGAAAAAAAAUCUUGUAAAGACAUUUUGUAAAAAAUGGAAUUGUAAAUACAGUCAUAUGUUCCUUGUUAUUUUUCCAUGGUAGAUACUGUAAAGACGGCUAAUUAAUAAAAUAAUCCCUAACCUGUG